UCUUAACCUUGUAACCCUUCAAAAAACUCUUAUAUACACAUUUACCAUGGCAUUCGAUAAUCGUGGCGGACGAGGUGGCCGUGGAGGUUUCGGCGGCGAUCGUGGAGGCGGCCGUGGGGGCUUCGGCGGCGGACGAGGUGGCCGUGGUGGAGGCCGUGGCGGUUUUGGUGGCGAUCGUGGAGGCCGCGGUGGAGGCCGUGGCGGCUUUGGUGGCGAUCGUGGAGGUCGUGGCGGCGGCCGUGGUGGUUUCGGUGGCGAUCGUGGCGGCCGUGGUGGUAUCAGCAAAGGCCGUGGUGGUCCUCGAGGUGGCGGCCGUGGUGGCCGUGGAGGUCGUGGCGGUGCCAUGGGCGGUGCCAAGGGCGGCAACAAGGUUAUCAUUGAACCCCAUCGUCAUGAAGGCAUCUUCAUUGCCCGCGGCAAAGAAGAUCUGUUGGUGACAAAGAACUUGGUUCCCGGCGAAUCCGUAUAUGGCGAAAAGCGUAUUUCUGUUGACGGCCCCGAAGGCACCAAGAUUGAAUAUCGUGUAUGGAAUCCCUUCCGCAGUAAGCUCGCUGCUGCUGUGCUUGGUGGUGUCGACCAUAUCCACAUUGCACCCGGCAAAAAGGUGUUGUACUUGGGUGCUGCUUCAGGUACUUCAGUCUCACACGUUGCCGAUAUCGUUGGCCCACAAGGUGCCGUUUACGCCGUCGAAUUCUCGCAUCGUUCUGGCCGUGACUUGAUCAACAUGUCCAAAAAGCGCACCAACGUCGUUCCUAUCAUCGAGGAUGCCCGUCAGCCUCAAAAGUACCGUAUGCUCGUGCCCAUGGUCGAUGUCAUCUUCGCCGAUGUUGCUCAGCCCGAUCAAGCCCGUAUCAUCACCUUGAACGCUCACCACUUUUUGCGAAACGGCGGUCACAUUGUGAUUUCCAUCAAGGCAUCGUGUAUCGAUUCGACGGUCGAUGCUGCUACUGUCUUUGCUCGUGAAGUCAAGAAGCUUCAAGAAGAACGUGUCAAGCCCCAAGAACAGCUGACACUGGAGCCUUACGAAAGAGAUCACGCCGUUGUUGUUGGUCAAUACAACCGCAAUGCCUAAAAAGCUGCAAUCCAUUUUUUUCUGUCUUUUCUUAAUUAUCACUGUCGCUCUUCUCUUUCUCUUUCUCUUUCUGCCUUGCCUUGCCUCUCUCCUCUUUUUUGCAUGAUUCACACACAUUCUGUUUUUCUUUUCAACGACCUAUUCUGUAUAUAAAACCAUAAUACUACUAGUCUUCCCUUCAAGUAUUCUGUCUGUUACAUGCUGUAAUGUUCUUUGCGAAAACUAGUACUGGUUUCCCUUUUGUUUUUUGUAACGAUCUGCAUUAAAAAGUACUCUUCAUGUUUGAAAAUGUCAGUAUUCUGCCAAGACGACAGCAUUACUGUUAUUUGAAAGGUUUCAC